AUGGUUUUCCCAUUGGUCAAAGUUUUCGAACGUCGUUUGGAGCACAACAUGAGCCGUCAUCGUCUCGAUGCUUCUUUGGUUGCAAGUAAGUUGAUCUUUCAGGAAGUCACCUAGCUUUUUUCCAGAGAGGCCUCAGCCAUGUUGCAAACCCAAGAUUUUCAAGGAGAUCCCUCAGAAGACCGAGGAACCUCUGAAGGUGGCCGCUGACCAAGAAUUGAUGUCCCGAUUCAUCGAUCAAGUCGCCAUCCAAGAGCCAGAGAUCAAACAAGGCCAAGAAUCUGUUCCUGAAGUCUUCAAACCCAUGCCUUCCAUUCAAGAGGAAUACAAGGACAAGAUGUACAACAAGGACAAGGAUUACUUCCAUACCAAGAACUUCCAUCGUGUGGGUUCUGUCGAGUCCAACUUCUACACAGAAUCUGAGUCCGACUGUUCUUAUUACAACUCGGCUUGA